AUGCCAACCUUUGGUCCUGGAGCAGAAUUGGGAAUCAACUACGAUGGAGCACCUAUGGACCGCCCCGUUGAGUCAUUACCCCGCCAGGUUGAGCAAUGGUCACCAAGCUCUUGGACUACAAAACCAAUCAAACAAGAUGCGAUAUAUGAGGACCGCAAGAUUGUAGAAAAGUCUUUAUCAAAACUUCAACAUCUUCCUCCCAUUGUCACCCCUACAGAAAUUACUCGGCUCAAGGAAAGUCUACGAGAUGUUGCUCUUGGCAAGGCUUUUCUCCUUCAAGGUGGUGACUGUGCUGAAUUAUUCGACUACUGUGAGGAGAAUGCAAUUGAAUCAAAGAUUAAGCUCUUACUUCAGAUGAGUUUGGUUCUCGUUUGGGGUGCCAACAAGAAAGUAGUCAGAAUUGCAAGAAUGGCGGGUCAAUAUGCAAAGCCGAGAUCAAGCCCAACAGAGAUGGUAGAUGGCAAGGAGACACCAUCUUUCAGAGGUGAUAUUUUGAAUGGUUACGAUGUCGAGGAGAGAAAUUUAGACCCACAGAGACUUGUUAGUGCAUACUUUCACUCUGCAGCCACUCUCAACUUCAUUCGCGCAUCUCUAUCAUCUGGUAUUGCCGAUCUUCAUAGUCCAAUGAAUUGGGGUCUUGGUCACGUUCGGGAUCCUGAGUUACAAGAGAGAUACUCGAAGAUUGUUGAUUCCAUCAGCGAGAGCUUACGUUUCAUGCGUACUAUCGGUGCAGAUACUGCUGAUCAACUUCGAGGAGUUGACCUCUACACCAGUCACGAAGGCCUUUUACUUGAAUAUGAACAGAGUCUUACUCGAAGACUUAAAGAUCCAUCUCAAAGCCCACAAGCCGAUGCAAACAGCAGUAAGAAUAUUGAUCCUACUGAGGACGGAAAGGCAUACUUCAAUACAUCGGCACACUUUCUCUGGAUUGGUGACCGAACAAGACAAGUGGAUGGAGCACAUAUUGAGUACUUCCGUGGUAUAGCUAAUCCAAUCGGCGUUAAAGUGGGCCCUACGACUUCUUGCUCAGAUCUUUUGGAGCUCCUACGAAAGCUCAACCCAACAUUAGAAGUCGGCAAGAUAACACUCAUAACUCGCUAUGGAGCUUCGAAAGUCCGCACACUUCUUCCCAAACACAUCCGAACAGUUGAAGAUAGCGAAUAUGCUCGAAGUGUGGUUUGGCAAUGUGAUCCAAUGCACGGAAACACAAGAUCUACAUCAACCGGCAUCAAGACGAGACAAUUCACAGAUAUCUUUUCCGAACUUCAAGAAACUUUAGCAGUUCAUCAAGAAGAAAGAAGCUACCUUGGAGGAGUUCAUCUCGAAUUGACCGGUGAUGCUGUAACGGAAUGUACAGGCGGUAGUGAGGGACUUGCCGAGGAAGAUUUAUCACUAAACUACACGAGUUUCUGUGAUCCAAGAUUGAACGAAAAACAAGCACUAGAAAUGGCUUUCUUGAUCGCGGGCCAUUUCCGUGAAGGACCUACUAAAAAUUAG